GUGCCGUGGCCUCUCCGAGUCGCGGCUCUCGGCUUACUGGUUCCACUUGCUGCUGCGCGGUCGACAUGGCUACCGAGGGGAAGCCGAGAUACGUCGUCAGGAGAACAGCGGGGGGUUGACAGCGCUCCCUCAGAUAUAUGUUACAUGUGUGACAUGAUAUCCUGAGUGUCCAAGAUGUCUGAAAAUAUUUAAGAAUAUUGAUAACUUUUUUUUGAUUCCAGUGGAAUCUUUACAAUUUAGAUUUUUUUUAGUCUUUUUUUUAACAAAUACACAAAAGCACACACCCAAAGGGGAAGAUGCCUGUGCAAGCACCACAAUGGACGGAGUUCCUGCAGUGCGACAUUUGCACCCACACCUUUGAGCACACGGUCCGUCGGCCCAUCAGCCUGGGCUGUGGCCACACCGUUUGCAAGAUGUGCCUGAACAAGCUGCACCGGAAGGCCUGCCCCUUCGACCAGACCACCAUCAGCACUGACAUUGAACAGCUGCCCAUCAACACAGCCCUGCUCCAGCUGGUGGGUGGUCAGAUGCCCAGGCACCAGCCGGUGGGCCUGCUGACGAGUGUAGAGGACACCAAGCAUUAUGAAGUAGCCUACAAGUGUGUGGAGGAGCUGGCUCUCUACCUCAAACCCCUGAGCAACACCACCAAAGGUCUUGUCUUGAACAACGUAGCCCAGAGUGCUCUGAGCCGGCCUAUGCAGCGCAAGCUUGUCACUCUAGUGCGCUGCCAGCUGGUGGAGGAGGAGGGGCGUGUGCGUGCCAUGCGGGCUGCUCGCUCCCUAGGCGAGCGCACUGUCACUGAACUCAUUCUGCAACACCAGAACCCCCAGCAGUUGUCAUCCAACCUGUGGGCUGCUGUGCGGGCCCGUGGAUGCCAGUUCUUGGGCCCAGCCAUGCAGGAGGAGGCCUUGAAGCUGGUGCUCCUGGCCCUGGAGGAUGGCUCUGCUCUUUCUCGGAAGGUGCUGGUGCUCUUUGUGGUGCAGAGGCUGGAACCACGCUUUGCACAGGCCUCCAAAACCAGCAUAGGGCAUGUGGUGCAGCUGCUCUACCGGGCAUCCUGCUUCAAGGUGACAAAACGUGAUGAGGACUCAUCCCUGAUGCAGCUAAAGGAGGAAUUUCGCACAUACGAGGCACUGCGACGUGAGCAUGACUCGCAGAUAGUGCAGAUUGCCAUGGAGGGUGGGCUGCGCAUUGCUCCUGACCAGUGGUCCUCCCUGCUGUAUGGGGACCAGUCCCGCAAGUCCCACAUGCAGUCCAUCAUUGAUAAGUUACAGACUCCUGCAUCAUUUGCUCAGAGCGUUCAGGAACUAACCAUUGCCCUCCAAAGAACUGGUGACCCAGCUAACCUCAACCGAUUGAGACGACACCUUGAGCUGCUAGCUGACAUCGACCCUAGUCCAGAUGCACCACCCCCAACUUGGGAUCAACUAGAUCAGGGGCUGGUAGCUGUGACUACUGUUGUACAUGGCCUUGUAGACUUCAUCCAGAACCACAGCAAGAAAGGCAGCGAUCAACAGCAGCCCCUUCAGCACAGUAAGUACAAGACCUACAUGUGCCGGGACAUGAAGCAGAAAGGGGGCUGCCCUCGCGGCUCCAGCUGCACCUUUGCCCACUCCCAGGAUGAGCUAGAGAAGUACCGGAAGAUGAACAAACGCCUUGUCUCACGCCCUUCCCUCAGCCUAACACAUUUAGAUGAGCUGGUGGACUUGCGCUGCGAAGACAGGGGGGAGCUGGAGGGCUUCCUUAUUUCCCGUGGUGCUGGUUCUUGUGAUCCCAUUCGCAGGCCAGCCAAGAUGGAUGCUGGGAGCCAUAGCACUGCAGGAUCACCCCCAGACUCCCUGGACCCUGUUGCCACUCCUGCAAUGAGCAUAAACCCCAGGACAGUGACCCUCCAAAGAAUGAGCACAGAAAACCCUCCCAAUCAGAAGCAGAUGAACAGGGGACCCCUGAUAUACGCCCAGCCAGAGAUCUUCUAUCCUGAGUCUCACCCUCCUUCUGUAUCACAGUAUGAGCCCUCCCCUUACACCACAGGUGGAAACUACCAGUACCAGAGUGCCCCGUACUUCCAGGAUCGCUAUGUGCGCAAUCCCCAACCAGCCACGGAAACCAGUGAGCUGAGCAUGGUUCCCUACCAGGACCCCUACCGAGGCUCCUACAUGCAGGAGUGCCAGUACCCAAAACCACAGUUUCCAGCCAUGAUGCACAUGUAUGGCUCCCACUAUGAUGGCCGCCGCCACCCCACCUGUGAGGGAUCUCAGAUUGGGCAGUCAUACCCUAGACGGGAUGAGCUGGUCAGGAUGAGCCCUGUACCUGUGGAUGUGCCUCAUGCACAUGCUCCACCCCCAGCUCCAGCCCAUAUGAGUUCGUGCAUCCGAGACUCGUGCAACCAGCCACAAAACAGGCUGGAAUACCUUCACCGCAGACGUGAGGAGAUCAUGGCUCAGCUGGAGGAGAGAAAGGCCAUCUCCCCUCUGUCCUUUACCUCGUUGCCAACGAUACCACAUACUUUCCCAAGAAGCUAUUCGAGGGCGCAGUACAUGGAGGAGAAUUCUCAGGGAUUUUGGAGGUGUCACCAGGCGGACUGUGAGAGCCAGUACUCCCCCUGGUCCUGUGACACCAUUGGCUCCUACAUCAGCACCAAGGAUAACAAGGCCAAAGAUGGAAUAGCAGUCAGUCCUGUGGAGAUCAUGAAUGUCAAUGGUGAAGGCUUACAAGAGACGGCUCUGGAGUUACACCGCAGAUCAGCGGAGGCUAAAGACGACGAUCCCAUCAUCCCCUUUGGCUCACUGCCCACCGUGUCUCGCUUUGGGGCUAUAUCACGCACAUCCAAAACUGGCUUCCAGACCACUGGCCUGAUGCAGGCCAUGGCCUUGUCACAUGGGUCUACCAGUAAACACACUACUGUUUCAGCUGAUUUCAGUUAUGAGAAUCAUGGAGGAUGGGGUGGGGUCUCUUGCCCUCAACACCAAAACAUGGCUUCUCAGGGACACUUCAGUGAACGUGUGCUUGUGCAGGACAGGGAACAGCUCAAAAUGGAGCUUGAACAGGUGAACCAGCAGAUUAGCCAGCAGACACAGAUGCGUGGCAUGGAGGGUGCCAACAGUUCAGUGCUAAUGCAGAUGGACAUCAGCACACUGAAUUCCCCUCGAGGGACUGGUGAGUGGCCUCCAAGGAGUGUUUCCAGUGAACAACUUAGCCUGGAGCUGCACCAUGUUGAGAGAGAGAUUGGAAAGAGAACUCUCGAGAUCAUGCAGGAAAAUCACACUCCCCUUGAGUUGCAGUAUAAAACAAAACCCACAGAGAAUGGCCAGCCUGAGCACUGUAUUCUACAAGAGGACCGAUCCAUGUCCCUCAGUGAGGGUUCACAUGGCUCCAGCAUCCUGGUGCAGAACAGCAGCAUAGGCAGCACCACCCUGUCAUCUCUGGUCAGCAAAACCUCUUCACUUGCCUUGUCUAGUGAACUCGGGGCUAACGGCUCUUGUGAUCUGCAGAAGAAUGGUGUUGUACACUCCUGCCCCUAGAGCAACUCCUGACCUCUCCCCUUUCAGUUCCUGGGCCUCACACCUGAGCCAUCAGUGUUACCACUACCUUAAGCUGCACUCAGUGCCUCUGUCUGCCACUUCUGCUCUAUUUCUCAUCACUGGGGUGGCUGGCAAGAGCUUCUGCACGCUGUGGCAUCCAGAACCAGAACUCUUGAUUUAAAAACCACCAUCACCUUCUCUACUUUCAAGGCAGAGAACUUUGGCUUACUGACUUUGAACUGUGAAAACCGUUUUAGGUUUUCAGCAGCUGCCCAGUCCAGUUGUAGCCAUUAUGUAGAUCUAGGCUCACCAACAGAGGCUGCCAAUAUUUAUUUUUUAUUUUUUAAAUAAAAGUGGGUGGAGUAUGUUUUAAAAAAAAAAAAAAAAAAAAAAAAUUACAUGAAGCAUUCAUACAAAUGCACAUAACUGGCACAAGCCUUUCCUUUAAAGUCAGUCAUGUUUCAUAUGUUUACCUUUUCUGUUCUGUGAAUUCCUAUGUAUGUAUGCGUGUAUCUAUUUUUACUGAACGUAUAUAAUGGACACUUCUGUAGGUACAGUUUAGAUUACCCCAAAGUAGUAACAACAGGUUAGAUGAGACAUGCAGGAAAAAAGACUCAAUAAGCCUCAUGAAAACACCUAGGUUAUUAAAACAAUACACACCUACUUGAAAGUCAACAGGUAUUUGUUACCCAGGUAUAGCGAAAGCUGCGUAUUUUUUUCCACUUGUCUCAUCUGUUUUCUACCAUAGAUGCUUUUUUAAAAAGUGGUUGAGUUUCUAGAAUUCAAGUAAAUAAACCAUCUGCUUGGUUUUUCACUGUGUGUGACUGCAGCAAAAACUCUUUAAGGCUGGCAUUUCUUACAGACAUUUAUGUUGUCAACCCUCGCUGUUUGCUCACAGUUACAAUAGCAGCUUUCUUUCCCGUAUUCUGUCUGGCAUAAAUGCUGUACUUUUAAGGUACUUGGGGAAUAUAUGAGCUUUGAAUUAAGACCUCCUCUGUUUUGUUUUUUUAAAUGCCUGUUUAAUAUUCUUCCAUAUGAGAACUCAAAGGCUCAGAAUUCAUGUAGUUGCUACUAUUACCACCCCUUGAGAAAUUUUGUUCUCUACUCACUGUCGAGUUUGCAGAUGUACCUGUACAAUUUUCAUGCUCUGGGUUCUUUUUUUAAAAAGUCUGAUCUGUGAAUAUAUGCAGUUCCUCUGGCCUUAUGGUGUCCUUUGUGUGUGUGUGCUCACACAGAACAUCAUGAAUCCUCCUCAAUCCUCCAGAGAAAAAAAUGCUGGCAAGAGCCACAUAAAACUAUUCAUAUUGAAUUGAACUCCCUUCCUCAGCAGAAUUAGGAGAAAGAAGGCCAGCUGGAUUUCUUUUUUGGUUCUAGUUUUCAGUUCUCGGGAUUUUAGUACAAGGCUUUAUGGGGGUGGUGGAAGUGUGCCACAAGUUUUAGGCACAUUGGUGGCUGAUGGUCUAAUGAUCAACCUUUACCUUAAGUCUGGAACCUUCUUAUAUUAAAGGGAAUUAACACAAGGUGAAAGUUAUGAGUCAUUCAGUUUUAUAGAAUGUAUUUAUUUCAAAAUUUUGGAAAGAAUUUUAUCAGUCUUCAUUUGAUAUUUUAAUAUCUGUUGCUAUGUAAGGAUUAUGGACAUAAUGCUAUUCUAGUUAACUGGUUCUUGUUGACUUAUUUGGGAAUUUGUUCUCUGAUCAGUUCUCAGCAGGUUCUCUCAGAGACAGGACUGGGGAAGGAGGUACUGCUUCUCUCAGGAGUGCGUGCCUCUCACACCUUUAGCCACAAUUUGGAUAAUCUGUUCCGUCUUCACACUGUUCUGAUUCUAUUCUGCCAACUGCUGUGGACUAACUUCUUCUGUUUUUAACUUCUGUGAAGUUGUGAAUAGGGUUUACCUGUGUACUCAUGUUUGGGUUGGUUCUUCCUCCUGAGGUUCUUAAGAGGGGUUCCCAGUUCAUGAUAUUGAAAUGAUGUAUAUGUACUGGCUUUGUCGAUUGAGGAGUUGACCAAUUUAAUUUUUUCAGAAAUUAUGUAAAACAAACAACUUCACUUGGAGAAAAUCUUGUUUCAUCUUUUUUAUGUAGUUUUUCAUUUGUACCUUUCAAGAAUUUCCAUGUAACUCGGCAAAGGCAUUCUUUUAAGUAAUCCCUCAGUCUGAAGAGAUCUAUGUAAUGUAGGACUCCAGAUGCUGUGUCAAAUUGUAAACCCCAUUCACAAACCCAAAAAAUUAAUCUGAAGUUUUUUAGUCUACAUAAAACCUUCAAGUUUGUGAACAGUUGUCCAUCUUUACUCCGUUUUCUGAUUUCUGCUUCUUGAACCUUUAAAGACAAGAGUGCAUUGUUGAUGUACCAGCAAUAUUAUACAACUGAUUCUUAUGUCAGCACAGUAUAAAUGACAAACUUUUGACAUUGUUCUCCUACUCAUCAGGAUUUGCAUCUAUUGUAAUUUAGCUCUUGACUGAAGUUCACAACACUGUUAAUCCGCAGUUGACUCUAGCUCAUGUAAAUAUCCAUUGACUUUUAUCUAGAUUGCAGUAUCACCUUUUUAAAGGCAUCUGCCUACAGUUUUUGUAUUGAUUUCCCCCUCCCCCCUAAAUUUUAGGGAUUAGAAUGAUCUACUUUAUGUGUUAGCUAGAUUGUUAAAACAAAAGUUCAGCUUCUGCUGUUUGGCUUGAUGUUAUAUUGAUGGUGUGGGAAGGCAGCUGCUCUACGUGCUGCCAUAUAUGUAAGGGUAAAUGAAAGUAUCCGCAAUAUUUUUAUGGAAAAGUUAAAACAUGAUGUGGAUACUUUUUAACUCACCCCCCUUUUAAGUAUUGCAAGCUAGGGGAGGACUUUUCACUUUUUCCAGUUAAAUUUAUUUGUAUUCCUAACUUGUGCCUUAAAAAUCUAAGAUACCAAAUUUGGUGUCCUCUCUGCUCGUACACUGAUAUUUAACAAUUUUUUUUUAAACCAGAUUGGCAGUUGCACCCAUGCUUGCCGAGUGCUUUUGUUAUUUGAGUCCUUCAGUUGGAUUUGUGUGCUUUUCCAAAAUGGCAGCUUUGUGUAAAAUCAUGUGUUUCAAAGCACACUUGAAGAUGCAAAUCUAACUUUUCCAAGUUGUAGCAAGAGAUGGAUGUGAAAAGAUGUGCCUCUCAAUCUUCCAGUAAUUGAUUGGAGUUAAUUUUAAUAAGGGAUGCCUUGAGUUGCUUUGAACUGUUAGUUCCAGAUGAUCUCUCACUGUACAAUGGAACUCACCUUGCUCACUGAAAAGGCUGCCAAAAGACAGUAAAUUCAUUGGCUUCUUUAAGCCUUGUUCCUAUGCUUUGCUUAAAAGUAUGCUUUUUACAAAGAAAAAUUCAAAUUUUAAAAUCUGGGAGAUCACAGGUGUACAAACCCCUCCAGAGGUGCAAGCAUAAACUUUAGUGCUCCUGUCUUUUUUUUUUUUUUUUUUUUUUUU